CAGUAAUUUUGUUAAAUAACUUUCAGUUAUAAUUAUUACGUAAAUUGAGCAAACAAAAUAACAUUGGUGUCUGUCAAGAAACUGUGUUAAUUGUGUGUUGCAAUUUUCCAGAGUUCCAAUGAAGACCAGUUUCAGAUUAAUGAUCAAAAUCGGCUAAAAACCUACAUGUCGGCGAUAAUCUCGGCUGAUUAAAAAAAAGUUGAUGAGUUUACACACUUGAAAAAAAUAGGACGGUUGAAGACCUUGACCGCCAAGGCUGCAACAAACCAAAGUUGAUUUUAGCGCCAACUCAAAUCAAAAAACGAUGCAGAAAUGCAUUUUUCGAGUACGUUCAACAUCCACCAGGUGGUAACCAUAUGGAGCGAGGUAUAUUAAAGCCUGUACACAACUGUAUACUCUGAUAAUCUUGUAUGAACAGAGGGCGAAGGUUCUGCUUACGUCAUUUUCACACAAUGUUGCCAACCAUACGGCCCAUUUCAUGCCUGUCGCAAAUCAAAAAAUUUUCGACCGCUCGUAAUCGUUGUAGUUUGCGGGAGUCUUCAGUCUGCAAUCAGGCGGUGUUAAAUAAUGAAACUCGAUUUCCAUUUUAGGUUAUAAAAAUUGACAUUUGAAAUUUGGCGCCUUAAGUUCCAAUUUUCAAAAAAGCAUCCAGUUUCCUAAUUUCGAAGAAAUACAACUCGUGUUAUCACCUUUAUCUGCGCCAUCUCUUAUCAGCAGAUUUCCAGAUACAGUUCCGAAUUUUUGUUUUUGGCUUGGUGGUGCAAAUUCUUAGUAGCUGAAAAUCCCAACUCAUGCCUGGAGUGCCUUAUCUUAUUAAAUUCCUUAUCUUAUCACUAUUUAUCUACUUACGAGUUUUUAUCACAACACAAAAAAUCACAGCCACUUGAAACCCUCCUGUUUGCGUUCUAGAAAAUAUAAUCACACUCUGUUUGCUUUUUCAUCGAAGCGACAACUCGCCGGACUCGUAAUUGGUCAAAUUUUGUAUCUUUUGAUAACGCUAUUUACCAGAACCAUUAAAAGAUUAAAUACUUGAUUCUAAAAAUUAGGUUAUGGUGUUAGACAUCUGUCAACCAAGAAAGUGUAAAUAUUGUAAAUUCCACAACAAAUAAAUAAUCGAGGACGGUGAUAUUGGACUUCGACAAGAUUUUUUCUAGUUGUUAACGUGGAUUAUCUUUUUUUAUAAAUUUAGAUUGACCUUUGAACCCCACUUGUUUACCUCAAACGACUUUGAAUCAGAUUGUGUAAGCUACAAUGACUCUCAAGCUGUACUUUGAUUUCUUGUCCCAGCCCUCCAGGGCUUUGUACAUUUUUCUGAAAAUUAACAAAAUCCCGUUCGAAGCGUGUCAAGUGGCCUUGCGCAAAGGUGUACAUUUGACAGAGGAAUUUCAAAAGGACUUUAACCGCUUCCAACGAGUGCCUUUCAUUCAUGACGGUCAAUUCAGACUUGCAGAAAGUGUGGCCAUUGUUCGCUAUGUCUCCACCAAACACAGUCUAGACAACAACUGGUACCCCAAAAACCCACAAGAGCAGGCCCAAGUUGACGAGUACUUGGAAUGGCAGCACCACAACACUCGAGCCUUUUGUGCCAUGUACUUCCAAAAAAAAUGGCUAAUUCCCAUUCUUACUGGCAAACCCACGGACCCCGACCAACUGCAAAAGUACGAAGACAACAUGGACAGUUGUUUGCACACCGUUGAGACAAUUUGGUUGGCUAAUGGUCCAUACAUAACCGGAAACAGGAUUUCAGUAGCUGAUAUUUUCGCAGCUUGUGAAAUCGAGCAGCCGCGGGCUGCUGGAUAUGACCCCACUGAAGGGCGACCAGUGCUGAAGGCCUGGCUGGAACGCGUUCGGAAGGAGUGUAGUCCCUACUACGAAGAGGCGCACACCGUUUUGAAUAAAUUGGCCGCUCAAGGGGGCAAAGCGAAGCUGUAAUUCGACCAUUUUCAAGCGGUGUCAGGGAAAAGAUAUUUUAAGGUUAUGUCACGGGGUUGUUUGUACUACUAUUGAAUUUAAAAUUCGUUACAUAAAAUUGAAUUUAUAUAUGGUA